AUGGCCAAGUCGGCCGACAAGUACUCCGUCAUCCUGCCGACGUACAAUGAGCGCCGGAACCUGCCCAUCAUAACCUGGCUGCUGAACCGUACCUUCACGGAGAGCAAGCUCGACUGGGAGCUCAUCGUCGUCGACGACGGCUCACCCGACGGCACCCAGGAGGUGGCCCGCCAGCUCGUCAAGGCCUUCGAGCCGCACGUCAUGCUCAAGCCCCGCGCCGGCAAGCUCGGCCUCGGCACCGCCUACGUCCACGGCCUCCAGUUCGCCACGGGCAACUUCGUCAUCAUCAUGGACGCCGACUUGAGCCACCACCCCAAGUUCAUCCCCCGCAUGAUCGAGCUCCAGCAGUCGGGCGCCUACGACAUCGUCACCGGAACCCGCUACGCCGGCGACGGCGGCGUCCACGGCUGGGACCUCAAGCGCAAGUUCGUCAGCCGCGGCGCGAACCUCUUCGCCGACGUCGUCCUCCGCCCGGGCGUCAGCGACGUCACCGGCAGCUUCCGCCUCUACAAGCGGAGCGUGCUGGAGAAGGUGAUUGCGAGCACCGAGAGCAAGGGCUACACCUUCCAGAUGGAGAUGAUCGUUCGUGCCAAGGCCAUGGGCUGCAGCGUCGCCGAGGUGCCCAUCUCCUUUGUCGACCGCGUCUACGGCGAGAGCAAGCUCGGCGGCGACGAGAUUAUCGAGUAUGUCAAGGGCGUGUUUUCCCUGUGGCUCAAGGUGUGA